AUGGUUGGGUCGGAGCACGGCACGACGCUGAAGGAGAGCGUGCAGGUGCACGACCCAGCCCCCGCGAGCCGGGGAUCAGAACACCUAGAGCCCGCCGAGAGUGUAGACCCUAAGAACCCCAGGAUGAACAGGAGAGAAGAGCCACUUGGCCCCACGCGGUCGGCAUCAGAAGUGCUCACAGGCCACGGGCGGGUGAGAGAUGAUGAUGAUUUCCUGAGUCUGAGCGAGCUCCCAGAAACCUUCCCCUCCGACCCUCCGGAGCCCUUACCUCACUUCCUGUUUGAACCGGAGGAAGGCUACAUCGUCAAAAAUAAACCUGUCAAUCUCUACUGCAAAGCAACACCCGCCACGCAGAUUUACUUCAAAUGCAACAGCGAAUGGGUCCAUCAGAAGGACCACACCGUCGAGGAGCGAGUGGACGAAAACUCAGGUCUGGUGGUGAGAGAAGCCAGUAUAGAAAUUACACGGCAGCAGGUCGAGGAGCUGUUUGGCCCUGAAGAUUUCUGGUGUCAGUGUGUGGCCUGGAGCUCCGCUGGAACGACCAAAAGCCGAAAGGCACACGUCCGUAUUGCAUACCUGAAAAAGUCAUUUGAACAGGAACCCCUGGGAAAGGAAGUAACUCUGGAGCAGGAAGUCCUGUUGCAGUGUCGCCCUCCGGAGGGCAUACCAGCAGCUGAGGUGGAGUGGUUGAAGAACGAAGAGAUAAUUGACCCGGCAGAGGACAGAAACUUUUACAUCACCAUCGACCACAACCUGAUCAUCAAACAGGCCCGUCUGUCGGACACAGCCAACUACACCUGCGUGGCUAAGAACAUCGUGGCCAAAAGACGAAGCACUACAGCGACGAUUAUUGUUUACGUAAACGGUGGUUGGUCCACGUGGACGGAGUGGUCUGUGUGCAACAGCCGUUGUGGGCGGGGCUUCCAGAAACGAACCCGCAGCUGCACUAACCCCGCCCCCCUGAACGGAGGACUGCCUUGUGAUGGACAGGCCAUUCAGAAACUGGCCUGUACCACACUGUGCACCGUGGACGGUGUGUGGACAGACUGGAGCAAGUGGUCGGCCUGUGGGACAGAGUGUACCCAGUGGAGGAGGAGGGAGUGCAACAACCCAGCACCUAAAAACGGAGGAAAGGACUGUGACGGACUGGUUCUCCUGUCUCAGAACUGUACCGAUGGACUCUGUAUGCAAAGUUCAUUGUUUCAGCUGUCCACUGAGACCAAAGCAAAGAGUGAUAUGGGAGUCCCAUCUGCCCCGAGUACAGAUGAUGUGGCGCUCUACGUGGGCAUUGUCAUCGCAGUGAUUAUGUGCCUCGUCAUCUCUGUCAUCGUGGCACUCUUCGUCUACCGCAAGACACACCGUGACUUUGACUCGGACAUCAUCGACACCUCGGCACUAAAUGGAGGCUUCCAGUCUGUGAAUAUCAAAACAGCCAGAUCAGCUGAUCUACUGACGGCUCCUCCUGACUUGACAAAUGCAGCUGCCAUGUAUCGAGGUCCAGUAUACGCUCUCCAUGAUGUCUCGGAUAAAAUCCCAAUGACCAACUCCCCUCUGCUGGAUCCUCUUCCCAACCUAAAGAUCAAAGUGUACAACUCUUCUGGUCUGGUCACACCACAGGAUGACCUCGGGGGGGACUUCACAUCCAAACUAUCUCCUAAGGUAACUCAGUCUCUGUUGGAUAACAGCGACACCAUGAACCUUCGCAACCAGAGCUUGGCCCGAACACGGGACCCUUCCUGUACCGCUCACGGAUCCUUCAACAACCAGGGAGGACACCUCAUUGUCCCCAACUCUGGUGUGAGUCUGCUGGUUCCAGCGGGGGCUGUUCCUCAGGGGAGGGUCUACGAGAUGUAUGUGACUGUGCACAGAAAGGACAGCUUGAGACCCCCAGUAGAGGACAUCCAGACGGUGCUGAGUCCGGUGGUGAGUUGUGGACCUCCAGGAGCCCUGCUGACCAGACCGGUAAUCCUCACCAUCCACCACUGUGCCGACAACGUCCAGGAAGACUGGCUCAUACAGCUGAGGAACCAACUGGCCAUGGGAGAGUGGGAGGAUGUGGUUAUAGUGGGAGAGGAAAACUUCACCACCCCCUGCUAUGUCCAGAUGGACUCUGAGGCAUGUCACAUCCUCACAGAGACACUGGGGACAUACUGCCUGGUGGGGCAGUCAAUCUGCAAGGCAGCCGCCAAGAGGCUCAAACUGGCUGUUUUUGGACCCGUCUGCUGCACCACUUUGGACUAUCACAUCAGGGUCUAUUGCCUGGAUGACACACAGGAUUCACUCAAGGAGGUUCUUCAGAUGGAGAUCCAGAUGGGAGGGAAGCUUCUGGAUGAACCAAAGACCCUGAACUUUAAAGACAGCACACAUAAUCUGAGACUGUCAAUCCACGACGUGCCCCACACACACUGGAAGAGCAAACUCAUCGCAAAGUAUCAGGAGAUCCCGUUCUAUCAGGUGUGGAGCGGCAGUCAGAGAACUCUUCACUGUACCUUCACCCUGGAGAGACUGAGCCCAGCCACCACAGAGAUCAGCUGUAAACUGUGCGUGCGGCAGGUGGAGGGAGAAGGACAGAUCUUUCAGCUCAGCAGCACGUUGGAGGAGGAUCUCCAGUGCAUAGACACGUCCCUGAUGGACCCUGCCAGUAAUAUCACCACCUUAGUGGGACCCAAUGCUUUCCGUAUUCCCUUAUCCAUCAGACAGAAGCUGUGUGGCAGUCUGGAUGCACCGCAGACCAGAGGCAAUGACUGGAGGUUGCUGGCCCACAAACUCAACCUUGACAGGUAUCUGAACUACUUUGCCACCAAGUCCAGUCCCACAGGAGUGAUCCUGGAUCUGUGGGAGGCCCAGCACUUCCCCGAUGGAGACCUAAACGAACUGGCCGCUGUGCUGGAGGAGAUGGGCCGCCAUGACGGCAGCUUCUCCAUGACAACAAGUGGACCGCCAGGGCAGCUUAACGGACGCAACCCUUUUAACCUCUAUGGGGCUCUAAUGGCCGGUCGCCGGGACCACCACCCUUUAAGCGGCGGAGUUCCAGCAGGAAAGCUGGAGGCCGGAACAAGAGGAGAGAGGGUAGCCCCGCCGCAAAGUAAAGAGAUGGAACCCGAGAGUGUGAACGCGGGCGUCAUGCUGGAGGAACACCAACCGAGAGGAGACAAGGCUAAGCAUGGCAGAGCGAUAGAUGUUGAAGCUAUCGCUUUUGUGGGGCUAAUGCCACAACAACUCAACAACCAAUAA